UGUGUUCGACUGCAGCGAGUUCAGAUGCGUUCCGGCAGGGUAGCGUGAAGAGCGUUUCCCGAAAGAAAAAGUUCAAAUGAAGGAAGAAAAGUUCAGCUGAGCUCGACGAGGCGGCCGGAAAAGGAAGUAGUAGAAAUGGGCUCCCUGCCGAGCGGUUCUGCAUCUCCCCUCAUCACCUCCCUGCUGGCCUUCUUUUUCUGGGGCUUUCCUUGCGUCUCGACCGAGGACGUGUGGGAGCGAGACUCUCUGUGCAAUGCCGACGGCUGCUUGGUGGUUUACUUCCAGCGAAAGACCUUCCUGGACUCGUGGAGGGCCUGCAAGGAGAAAGGCGGCGACCUGGCCACCAUAAAACGUGAGGUGGACGCCGCCGCCGUCCACGCGCUGUUCGCCGCCGUAGACUUGCGCUACUCGCGCACAAAGGUCCAAGUGUGGAUCGGCCUGCAGCGGCAACCUCGCCAGUGCGCCGCCACGCGACCUCUUCGGGGUUUCUCCUGGACGACGGGUGACCAGGACACAGAAUACACGAAUUGGCAGAGAGAGUACUCGCACACCAUGUGCUCGGUGCCCCGCUGCGUGGUCAUGGGGUACAACACUCAAGACCCGAGUGAGAACUUCAAAUGGUUAGACGGCUCUUGUUCCGUCCCCGUGGAUGGUUAUCUCUGCCAUUACUCUUACAAAGGAAUGUGCCCUGCCUUGUGGCGCGAGGGCUCGGGCAACGCCUUCUACGCCACGCCGUUUAACCUUCUCAGUACCCUUCUGACCCACAUACCGUUGGGCUCUGUGGCGACGGUGCCCUGCGAGACAGAUCAACAGUCGGUACUGUGCGUGGUCAGGGAAGACGGUUCAGUGGGGUGGUCCAGAGAUGCCCCUCUCUGUUCUGAGCCUCCGGCGUCACACGAUUGGUGCCAGCAGAAUAACGGCGGAUGCGAGCAUUUCUGCAAGCAAGCUGGGGCUCACUCGUACUGCGAGUGCGCAGAAGGCUAUCAAUUAGGGGACGACGGCCAGAGCUGCUUACUCUCGGACGCUUGUCGAGAAGCCGACUGCCAGUUUGAGUGCGUGCCUCUUUCAGAGGGGUACCGUUGCGCCUGUCCCGAUGGCUACAUGCUGGCUCCAGACGAACACGCCUGUCUGGACGUGGAUGAAUGCCUCCAGAGCCCCUGUGAACACGGUUGCGUCAACUCUCCCGGGAGCUUUGAAUGUCGGUGCCGCGAGGGUUUCCGCCUCGACGACGAGGGUCUCUGCCAGGACCUCGACGAGUGCCUCGGCGAGCCGUGCGAACAUGCCUGUGAGAAUACCGACGGCUCCUUCAUUUGCCACUGCCGUUUGGGGUUCUCGCCACAGCCCGAGGACCCCACUCGGUGCCAAGACACGGACGAAUGCCAGAUAGCGGGAACCUGUGAGCAAAUGUGUGUCAACUACGUGGGUGGUUUCGAGUGCUACUGCGAAGAAGGGUCCCAACUUGUCUUGUCCGAGUCGUCGUCUUGUAAGGAGACAGGCGAUCAGGCCGGUGCCACCCCGCCCGAUCCUUGGCUCACCCCCCGGCCUGGACCUGUGUGGGAACCCGUGGACUACGAGUGGCCUCCACAUCACGGCGGACCCAAUUGGGACCCAGAGCCGGAGCAGUCGCUCGACUGGUUGACGGACCCUCCUAAAGUUUGGGGUUCUGAUGUGAUUUGGGUGACCAGCGCGCCACGGGAGGACCUUUUUCAUCCACCACCGGAGACCGUGACACAGGAGGAAGAUCUAGACGGCCGCACUGACCUUUUGUCGACCGCCGUCACCACCACAUCUGCACCCACUACUAUUUCCACCACCACUCUGGGCUUUUAUGAAGAUGAGAUGGAGGAGGAAGACGAGCAGGAGACUACUCCUUUCCCCUUUUCUGCUACCUCUACAAUCUCAGAGGGAGCUUGGAAUUGGUGGGCGGGGUUCCCAACUGUGAUCCAGAACCAAGGAAAUCCAGAGGAUGAAGUCACAGCGUCUGACGUGCUUACUGAUCCCAGCUACCACAAUACGUCCCGGGAAGAAAAACAAUCCCGGGAGGAAGAAAAACACUUGGAGGACGAGGACGACGUGGCGACCACCCCCCGAGAUGCGCCCGCUCGGGUCAUUUCCUCUCAGCCGCCCACAGUCGCGAACACCGAGGCCGUCCAGGAGGCCAGGGGCCCGAAUCAGAGUAGGACCUGGCUGCUAGUGGGCCUCUUGGUACCCAUCUGCAUCUUUGUCGUGUUAAUGUUGGUCCUGGGUAUCGUCUACUGUACCCGGUGCGCCGUGCGGCCUCAGAGCAAAACCGGCGCCGACUGCUACCACUGGAUCUCCGGUGCUCACGAUAAACCGGGUGCUCCCGGCCCUUCGGCGGGGGUCAAGAACCACGUUUAAAUCGAGAGCACCCAAAAAAAUGGCUUCACGUAAACGCAUUUGGAUGCGAAGAGGCAUCUUGAUUGAAACCAGGUGACGACCGGUGGAAGACUUUUGUCAGGGUUGAAGAUGCGCUUUCGUAUACUUUGCUAUCGAAAGCGAGAGACACUGAAAACUUUUUGCUUUGUUGUUGCUUUUCUUGUAUGUUGUGCUUCCGCGCUCCACAACUGAAGACUUUGAGGUACAGUCUGCUCACAAGUGCACUAAAGAGCGACUCGUGGAGAUUGUCAUUUUUCUGUCCGAGCGGUCGAGUCAGCGCUACUGCUCGAGGCCAAAAGUUCCCUUGUAAAUUCUCGAGUCUUGUCGCGGAUCUUUUUCCUCCUUGACAAAAUUGGCCGUGAAAUGCAAAGGAAUGGACACAAUGUUUUACUUUAUGAGCAAUUUUUCUUCCCUUUGCGGUUUACCCGAAAAGAAAAAAACAAAAGUUUGGCAUGCAGAUGUGCAAACGGUUGAUGUUGGAAGGGUGGCGCUUGAAUUUUUUGGAACCUUGAUUUUGGCCGGCAGUCACACUGUAACCCUAAUUCAUCGGGACCCUCCCCUCCACCUCACCUCCCCACGCCUGAAAUCCUUUCCAGCCAUGUAGAAUCAGAUGCAGCUGUUUUAAAACGAAGACAACCACAACUGUUCUUCGAGCACUUCAAACAAAUGCGUACGAAAUUUGCAUAUGAUUUUUCCCGAGACUGGUUUCACUUUUUUUUUUUUACAUUGACCAAAAACAGGCGGAACUCUGUUGUAUUACUUGACUGUUAAUGUGGAAAAAUAAUAAAAGUGCCAUUUUGAUUUGAUUUCCCAAGCCCAUAAAAACGAUGGCUGUGCGUGAACAUUUAUUCAUCCAACUUUUAUGCGCUCACUAGAAGAGUAUUGUCGACGACUUUUGAUGAUUAACGU